UAGAAAAAAAAUAACAGAGAUUCUAACGUCUAAUCUAAAACUACAAAUACGAUCGAAUCCUUAUAAAAAAUAUUUCACAUUAAACUCCCCCUAAACAGCGGUCAAAUAGUCCUACCAAGAAUAACUCCUGGGCACUACGGUUAAGGCUGUCCUGUUGUCCAAGGCCAAAGAUUAUUCAGGACCACAAAUGUACAGUUUGUCUAUCAAGUUGGAGAUGGCGCAAAGCACUCCAAAAGUGUGAGCUAAUAAAUUAGGCCAGUCUAAAUCAUGACAAAGAUGACAAGGAAAAAAAAAAUACUACACAAAAUAAAACGCCAAAAAAUGACGUCAUCGUUGUUUGUUAUUCUUUUUUUUUUUCGGAUAAGUUUCACAAAAUGAGAAUCGCUGGUUUACGUUGGGAAAAAAAGGUUGACGCGGCGUCAGUUUGAUUAGCACGUAAGUAGUUAACUUGGUAUACGAAAAGGAGGCCUCGUAGAGAUAUACAGACCUUCCUUUAGAGCUGCUAAUAAUGAGACUGUAUUCAGUUCAAAUUAUGACUUGCCUCCUAACCCUAACCGGAGCUAUACCAAACGGACCCGGACCCGCUGGAAGAAUGUGUCACGUCCCUGAGGCAGGGGAAUGCGUAAAGGGAAUGAAGCCCAGAAGCCACAGGAUCAUUUACUCUUAUGCCAAUUGCGGUCAAGUGUUCUGUGAUACAACAACAAAUGAUGGGGGCUGGAUCAUAUUCCAGAGACGAAUCUUUGGCGAUGUGUCUUUUAACAGAACAUGGGCUGAAUACCAACGUGGAUUCGGAACUUAUUGCACGGACUACUGGUUGGGCUUAGAAACUAUCUCUCUAUUUACAAACAGGCACUAUUACGAGCUGAGAAUUGACAUGCAAAAAGGCAAAAAUGUUCACUAUGCAGUGUACAACACAUUUAAAGUUGGUACCUAUCGUGACAAUUACAGGCUGACAAUAGACUAUUACUCCGGGAACGCGGGAAACGACUUCGUUACACACAGCAACGCAAUGUUUUCCACAAAAGAUAAGGAUAAUGAUGCAUCGGAGUCUAACUGCGCAGAGUUCUUUAAUUCAGGCUGGUGGUUUACAGACUGCUUCACUGAUAAUCUCAACGGCGACUUGAAAAACAGUGAUUGGGGAAUGGGGGUUAUAUGGGCUCCUCUCAUGCCUGAUUUUAAUGGGUCACUUGAUUGGGUUGAAAUGAAAAUGAGAAGAAAAUAGAGAAUGGAGUUAUUGUCGUGUACAUUUGAGAAUCAUUGGAGGAAAAACAAGCAGAUUAAACACUUUAAUUUAA